AAAAGCCCAAACAUCCUCUUCCCUUUCUCUCAUUUCCAUCUCCAUUCAAUUUCAGUGUUUGGAGAAUUCUGACUCCUAAUGGAGAGCUUGGCACUCCGCUCUAUCUCCGCGACAACCUCCUCCUUCUCUCUCUCUACCCGCAGCUCCUUACUCCGUAGAUCACCAAAACCCAUCGCCAAAUUUCCACCUUCCAUUGUCCCUUCACCGUCUCUACCCAGCACCAUCCAUUCACCAGCUCUUUUAUCCCAAAAAUGCUUUCUAUUCGCUCCUCUUCACAAGCCAUUCAAAACCCAUUUCCCAAUCCGCGCCUCUUCUGACUCCUCGGCCUCAUCAAAACCACAGCCAAUCGCGAACCCAUCUCCUCAAGGUGCCAAGCUUGUUCCCCUUAUAGUAUCCGUGUCUGUAGGUCUGAUUCUUCGUUUUUGUAUUCCUAAACCCGUUGAAAUAACCCCACAAGCCUGGCAAUUACUCGCAAUUUUUCUUUCAACCAUUGCGGGUCUUAUUUUGAAUCCUUUGCCUGUUGGUGCGUGGGCUUUUCUUGGUCUAACGACGUCCAUUGUGACGAGAACUUUAACUUUUUCGGCAGCUUUUAGUGCCUUUACUAAUGAGGUUAUUUGGUUGAUUGUGAUCUCUUUCUUUUUUGCUCGUGGGUUUGUUAAGACUGGCCUAGGAGAUAGAGUUGCUACUUAUUUUGUCAAGAUGUUGGGAAAGAGUACUUUGGGAUUGUCUUAUGGACUGACAAUUAGUGAGGCGCUUAUUGCGCCGGCAAUGCCUAGUACUACUGCCAGGGCUGGUGGAGUUUUCUUGCCUAUCAUCAAGUCCUUGUCUUUGUCAGCAGGGAGUAAGCCAGGGGAUGCUUCUUCAAGGAAGCUCGGAGCUUUUCUCAUUCAAUCCCAAUUACAGUCUGCUGGGAACUCUAGUGCGCUUUUCCUGACUGCUGCAGCACAAAAUUUGCUGUGUCUUAAAUUAGCCGAGGAACUUGGGGUUAUAAUUUCAAGCCCUUGGGUUUCUUGGUUCAAGGCUGCCAGUUUGCCGGCUCUUGUUUCUCUUUUAGCCACACCAUUUAUCUUAUACAAACUUUAUCCUCCUGAAACCAAGGACACUCCAGAUGCCCCCGCAAUGGCUGCAAAAAAACUGGAGAAAUUGGGUCCUGUAACAAAAAAUGAAUGGAUCAUGGUUGGCACAAUGGUUCUUGCAGUUACUAUGUGGGUGUUGGGAGAUGCUUUUGGUAUACCGAGUGUUGUAGCUGCAAUGAUUGCCUUAUCAAUAUUACUUUUGUUGGGAGUUCUUGAUUGGGAUGACUGCUUAAGUGAAAAAUCAGCUUGGGAUACCUUGGCUUGGUUUGCUGUUCUAGUUGGGAUGGCAAGCCAACUAACAAGCCUUGGUAUUGUAACCUGGAUGUCUGGUUCUGUGGCCAAUAUCCUCCAGUCUCUCUCUUUAAGCUGGCCUGCUGCCUUUGGUGUCCUUCAGGCAUCUUACUUCUUCAUUCACUAUUUAUUUGCUAGUCAAACUGGUCAUACAGGAUCUCUGUACUCUGCAUUUCUUGCCAUGCACUUUGCAGCUGGGGUGCCUAGUGUGCUGGCUGCACUGGCUUUAUCGUACAAUACAAAUCUUUUUGGCAAUCUUACACACUACAGCAGUGGUCAGGCUGCCGUAUACUAUGGAGCUGGAUAUGUAGACCUUCCUGAUGUAUUCAAGUUGGGCUUUUUAAUGGCCAUCGUAAAUGCUAUCAUCUGGGGAACAGUUGGAACUGUCUGGUGGAAAUUUUUGGGCCUCUACUGAUUCAUCUUUACUUGUAGGUAACUGCUUAAAUUUCAUGUUGAAUGAUGUCCUAUUUCAGGGAACAGUUGAGCAAAAUUUACAUGAGAGUGAGAUUUUGAUUUUUAGAUUUCACAUUUAAUUAUUCUUGACUGUGUUAGCUUAUAGUAACACUAACACAGGAAUUAUUUUUUUGAAGUGAAAAAUCAUAUUGAUUAC